GCGUUUUAGCUGUUUGUGCAAACAUUUCAGACUGCAAUUCCAUAUGGAAAUAUAAUUAUAAAGUGACUUUAAAAAAAGCGUGCAUUUUGAUAAACAAAACGUGAUUGUCGCAUUGUGUUGUUUUGAUUUAUCGGCGUGUGUGCGCAGUGAUGGCAACACUGUAUACGCCGGCCAUGUUAUGAUAUGUAAAAGGUAGACGUAGACACGUGUUUAAUUCGUGCUGCUUUUUUGUACGCUCAAAUUUAGUGUCAACCAAGUCAUAAAAUAGAAGUGAAUAUAUUCAAAUAAAUACAAUUACCGUCAACGCAAAUUCAAAAGCAAUACAAUACAUAAUUAAUUAACCCACUGGUCUCAAAAGAUUCUCCAAUAUUCAGCGAAAAUGGUAUCCGGUCGUCCUCUACUCUAUUUGUCACUGCCCGGUGUAGCAUUUAUACUCGGCGUCUUUUGGUUUCGGCGUAGAAAUAAAAAUCGUGUAGACAAAAACGAUGACGAUGCCAAUGGAAAAGCAGUUAAAGAAUCGGCGGAAUCGACAAUGAUAACACAGCGUAAAGUCACUCAAAAUGGCAAAUUGCCCACUGUGCAUGGUAAUGGAACUGUCAGCAAAUCGAUGAAUAUAAGCGGAAGCGGAAACACCGGAGGAGGAUCAUCGAAUAGUGCCGAAGAUAAGGAGAGUCCCAAUUCGAUGCUGUAUGGUAAAUCGGCACCGAUAACAAUCCAAAGCAAUGGACGCGCAUCUCCAGGGAAUAAACAACAACAGCAAAUUGAUUCGGAAAUGUUAAAAUCCAAGAUACAAGAUGCCGAACACAAGAAACUCUGCUCAAUCGAUGAAGAUUUUGAGAAUUUGUCAUCGCCCCGGGAUUUGCCCGAUUCGAUAAAUAAUCGCGUAUCGUUCUACAACAAUCGCAAAUCGAAUCCAAAGGCUGUGGAACCUGUGGUGAUUAAGGCCACGCGUACACCCAAAAUCUCACCAGAGAAUUCAUUUCUAGAGAGCAAAUACACGAAAUUGGAGAAUGAGCAGAAUAAUAAUUGUGAGGAGAUCAAAAAGGAGGAGACAACAACAACAGCUAUUACUUCGCCAGAAGUAUCGAAUCAGAAACAGAUACAAUCCACAAGUGUUGUGGAACAGCAACAGGAUCCAAAACAGAUGAAACAGCUUGAGGAGCAAACAAAGAUUACGGAUUUGGAUGCGGAUGGCAAUCAGAAGCGUAAUGUGGAUGCGGCAAGUCCAUCGUUGAGCAUUUGCAGUGUACAAUCGGGUGAUUCCGGCAAGGGAUCCAGCUUGCCACGCUCCGAGGCAACGACUCGGGUCAAGACCACAUAUGAAUUCUAUUUUCCCAAUAGUCUAAUCGGUCAAUUAUAUGGCCGCAAACGUUCGUUUAUCAAUCAAAUCAAGGCGAAAACAUUGGCAAAUGUUGCACUGAGCAAGACACGUUAUUCCACAUCGAAAUUGCGCAUCUGUACCAUUGAGGGCACCGAUAAUGAAAUUGAUGCAGCCCUGGCAAUGAUCCGGCAACGCUUGCCAGCCAGACGCUAUCCAAAUUUCACAAUGCAACGCAUCCAUUAUGCGCUACCGCAAACCGUAGUUCCUCUUUCGACUGAAAGCCUCCAUAACCUCCAACUAAAACUGAUCGAGGGCAUCAAUAACGAUGUGGUUGUCAGCGCCGUGUUAUCGGGCAAUCAUGUGUUCGUGCAGCAUCCGCUGCAUCCGUCGCAUCCCUCGCUGCACGCACUGCAGAAAGCGAUGUUCGAUAGUUACACCAACAUGGAGGCUCCACAAUUGCCGGGUAUCGAGAUCAGCGCCGUCUGUGUGAUGCCGAUAAAUGGCAUUUGGUAUCGCGUGCAGAUUGUCGAUAUCGAUAGCGAGGAUGAGGAGCGCUGUCUGGUCAACUUUUUGGACUUUGGCGGCUACAUGAAUGUCAGCUUUAAUUUAUUGCGUCAAAUUCGCACAGAUUUUAUGGCGCUGCCCUUCCAAUCCACUGAAUGCAUACUGUCCAACAUCGAGCCAAUUGAUGGUACCUGGUCGGUCGAUGCGGCCGAUAUCCUUAACAAACUAACCAAAGGCAUUGUCUUGCAAGCACAAGUCGCCGGCUACAACAGCCACAACAUACCAGAAAUCUAUUUAUUUGCUUCUCUAGGUCCAAAUAAUGUAAUUUUUAUCAAUAAGGAACUGGUCGCCAGAAAUCUCGCCAAAUGGGUGGAGAUGCGUGACUAACAGACUUCAAAAGGAACAAAUUACAUAUAAAACAACUAGAAGAAAAUUCACAACUACAACAACCAACAGCAACAACAACAACAACAACAAUAAGAAGAAGUAAAGGAAGCAAAAGAAGAACAAGAAGAGCAACUUUAACAGCAGCUAAUAUAAAGCUUGAGUCCCAAAAUGCAGAAAUGCCAAAACAAUAUGAGAAAAACUACAAUAAUAAUAAUGAUGAUAACAAAAUGCAAAUUCAAGUUGUAGAACGCGACUGAGCCUAGAGCCCGUAUUUAAUAUAUAAAUACAACACACACACACACACACAUGUACACACACAUGUACACUCACACACACACACGCAUUAUACACACCCAACCAUACACACACCCAUAUCCAAAUUCACACCACUUCCACAUACAUACAAUGCAUACAUAUUUAAAUGUUAAACCAAUUGAAAUUGAAACGAUGAAAUUGAGCCAGCGAAUUGUUUGUUGAGAUCCUUUGCUGAUCUCUAACUAACUAAUAAACUAACUAACUAACUAAUUAAUUAAUUAAUUAACUAAUUAAUUGACUAAACUACAACUGCAUAAUCGUUGCAAUGUGUAGAUUCCUAAGGGGGGGAAAUAUUAAAACAUGCUGAAUUUGUUCAGCUGUGUUAUAAGUCAUUUGCACUUUAACUAACUAAAACAUUAACAACAAUAACAAAUUCUCACACACACACAUGUACACCUCUACACACACACACACCACGCUUAAGAUAUUACCAUACUCAGUUAAUAAGUAGUAAUAUUUAGUGUAAAUACUUUUUUUUUUUUUUUAACUGUCGCAACGUUUCAUUUUAAAAUAAAAUGCAACUCUCAAAAAUACCACACAAUUUAAAAAAUAAAAUAACAUCAUUUCACUUGUACAUAAAUUACAAAGCGAUUUUUUAUGCGAUUUGUUGCAAAAAAAAAAAAACGAAAAAAAAGAACAUUUUUUACAUUUUUGAGAAUGAGUUUUAGAUGUUUUUAUAAAUAUUAUUAUUUUUAUAUUUACUCAAUCCAUGAAAAGUACAAGCAAGUGUAUUAAUAUUAAAAAAAAAAUAUAUAAAAUAUGGAUAAAAGAACAAAAAGCGCCCUUUAAAUGAUUAAUUAAAAGCAACAACAGACAAAUCGAUGGAAAUUCGUGAAACAUAUUGUAUGCGAUUUAUGUAUAUGUAAAUCCCCCUAAAAUUACAUCCUCCUACCCCAUAACCCUCCAUAUGCGUGUGUGCUAUUGUUAAAAAUAAAAUAGAGCUAAUAAUAUUUCAGGCAGUUAUGUAAAUACUAAAGAAAAAAAAAAAACAUACAAGCAACAAAAGCAAUUUGACACAGCCAACAACAAUAAUUGUUUACAAAUUUAGCAAUAUACAUAAACCUCUAUAAAGAACAUAGAUAUAUGAACAAAUAUAUAUCUUAAACAAUUGCUUAAACUCUGCGAGAGAGAGAGAGAGUAGAAAGCUUAAGAAUAAUAUCAUGCCUUUUGUAAAUGUAUUUCAAAAUGAAGAAACAAAGAACACAAAACGCUUUCUCAAA